AUGAACGCAACUGACAAGUUUUACCUUUCCGUUGAUGGCAUCCCCGAAACGUUCAAGUCUUGCAACGGGCAUCACCAAUUACGCAUUACGCGCCCAGUUAUGCAGAACAUAACCCACUCCCCAAUGCACCAGCAUCGGUCCAGCUCUAGCAGUAAAGUCUCAAAUAUAUCCAAGGCAGGGAUGGGCAUCAUCAAAACGGUCAGAGGGCGGUGGAGACAGGAAAAGAGAGGGGUUGCCUGUAGAUCCUCAAGCACCGGCAGUCGGCACUCAUCAUCUGAUCGACACCUGACGAGGUCCGUGGAUCUGCUGGAGCUGGGUCUGACCAAACCAAAGAACUGUCAGAGAAUAGUUGUACUUGGCGCUCCAAAAGUAGGAAAAACGAACAUCCUGCAGAGGUUCUUGGGAAGAGACUUUGAAGAGCGCUAUGAGCCCACAGCUGAAGACUUCCACAGAAAGCUUUACCACAUAGGAGGGGAGGCAUACCAGGUGGACCUGCUAGACGCAGCAAGGGAGAGGAACUUCCCUGCUAAGCGGAGGUUAUCCAUACUAACAGGUGACAUCUUCCUGCUUGUGUUCAGUGUGGAUAACAAAGAGUCGUUCAAAGAGGUCUGCGAGCUACGCGACGAUAUCAGAGCUGCCAAGACAAAGCUGAUGAAAUUAAAAGACACUUCCAGAGUUCCGAUAGUAAUAUGUGGCAACAAAGUAGACUUGGGCGCGCAGAGAGUCGUCAGCCGAUUAGAAGCGAGGGAAAUCCUCGGUGAGGAUGCAGCAUUCUUCGAAACCUCAGCCAAAGAGUGCACUGGACUGGAGGGUAUGUUCAGAGCCCUCGCCGCACUAAGCGGGCUACCUGACCAGACCAGCCCGUUACAACAUCAGACAAUAUCCCUCCUCGCCUACCAAGCGCUCUGCACCGGCCAGCGAGGCAGGAGAGGGAGCCGCACGCCGGGGCUCGGUGCGCCCUGUGCCGCCGUGGACCCUCUGGCGCGCCGCCCGAGCUUCACCAGCGACCUGCAGAUGGUGCUUGGAUCAAGCACCAAACACAAAUCCGAGAAGUGUCAGAUUCAAUGA